UCGCCCUUAUGAAGUACAUGCCUGAGGGAAAAGUGUGGGAAGUCACGGUGUCAUAUUAGAAAUCUGCAUGGUGAAGACUCAAGAGUGUUCAACAUGGCGCUGACUUGGAAUCCACAAAAGAAGCAUAGUGAUCUCGAGAGGUGGGUAUGUAUUUACCCAGUUUACAUAAACAGUAAGAAAACAUUGGCUCAAGGUCGCAAACUAGCAAAGGACAAAUGUGUUGAAAAUCCGACCCAUCAGGAGAUUCGUGAUGUUCUGUCAGCUGCAGGACUCAGAGUAGGAGUAGAAAAUAAACUACAUCCAAGAGAGCGAAGCAAGGAAUUAUUGUUUCGAGGUCGUAUAAGAGUUCACCUUAAGAAUGAUGAUGGUACACCAGUUCAACCAAAUUUUCCUACAAGAGAUUCUGUUCUUCUACAUUUGGGCACAACUAUUCCUAAGCUGAAGAUUCGUCAGACCAGGCAAGCAUCAGGUGAUCAGUCAUCCCAGCAGUCCUCAUCUUCUACAAAAAAAGGAAAAGGAAAGGGGCGUAGAUAAAUUUUCAUUUUGAUACAUUACUGCUUCUUUUUUUUUUUUUUUCUAUCGUGUAUAACGCUUAUGAAUGCAAAGUGGUACCAAAAUUCAAACGAUUUACAUAUGAUGACACGAAAACGCUCAAUAUCGCAGAGACAAUAGAAAAUGGGAGAUGAGUAUAUUAUUAUCGUUUGAAUGCAGGCCUAUUGAUUGUUAUAUUAUAAUUAUUAAAAUGAAAUCAGCCAUGCAAGAUUAUAUAGUUGUAGAUAUAUGUGUAUACUGAAUUUUAGAUUGAUAAUAUGUAAAUACAAAUAAUUUACUUGGUUAAAUCAUCGAGCAAGAUGGAAUAAAAAUGAGGCUGAACCCAGCAGCAAAAUAUGUUAAACUUCUAAUUCUUUUAAAAAUUAUAACGCCAUUCAGUGUUAUUAUUUAAAUUCUGUAAAAAAUAUUAGCUUCUCAUAACAUUUAAAACAAUUUUAGUUGUAGGCUUCUACUGCCUUAUUUGAAUCAACGCUAGUACAUACUACUGAUAAUAAUGGCAUACAGCCUCCCAGGUUCAGUUUUCAGAAAUGAUGACAUUUGUUUCUAUAUUCGUGUGGCAUUUUAAGUAAACUGAGUCAUCUUUC